AUGAAGAUCGUCAUCAUCGGAGCCGGCAUCUCCGGCUGCGCCGCUUACCUCUCGCUGAAAAAGCACCUGCCGCGCCCUGAAGACCAUUCGUACACCAUCUACGAGUCCCACGACACCAGCAAGGACACCACCAGCGACGACCGCUCCUAUGCUGACGGACACUCGUCCACGCUCGUCGUCGGCGGCGGGUUGGGCGUCGGCCCCAACGGCCUCAAUGUCCUCCGACGGCUGGACGAGGACCUCCUCCGGGACGUCGUCCGCGGCGGCUACGCCGUGUCGCAUUCGUACAUGAAGAACAAGCACGGGCGGGUGCUUGUGCGGAUGGCGGCGCAGAAGAAAAGCACAAGGACGAUGAACCUCGUAGCCUGCAGCCGGCACUCGCUCUGGCGCAGUCUGCGAACCCGCAUCCCGGACGAGAUCAUCGUCAACAAGCGCGUCUCCGAGGUCGUUGCCAACCCCGACGGACGGAAUCUGGUGCACUUCACCGACGGCAGUCCGCCUGUCGAAGCGGAUCUGGUCAUUGGCGCGGAUGGACUCAAGAGUACUGUGAAAAGGGCCCUGUUCCCGGGAACGACGAAUCCUUAUCCGCAUCAGUACGAAGGCCUCGUCGGCAUCGGCGGCUUCAUCCCCUGCUCAGACGACAUCCGCGCACACAUCGACAAAGGUAGCAUGAGCUUCGUGUUCGGCGGCAACGGGUUCUUUGGAUACUUCUACGCAAACAGCUCGCCGUCAGAUCCUAAUCGGGAGUCAGCGUACCACGUCUCCGAGCAGGGGGACACAGUGGCGUGGUGGUCGACCUACGAGCUGGACGAGUGCCCGAAGGACCCCAAGGCCAUUGACCGCGAGGACGUGGCCAGGCAGCUGCGCGAGCGCCACGCCGGGUGGAAGGACCCCGUGGUUCAGAAGAUCAUUAACAUGGGCGUGCAGAUCGACAGCGUGUACCCGACAUGGACGUCGCCGGAACUCCCGACCUGGGAACGCGACGGGGUCGUGCUCAUCGGCGACGCGGCACACGCGCUGCCGUCCACGUCGGGACAGGGCUCGUCGCAGGCUCUCGAGGACGUGGAAGCCUUCACGCUGUUUCUGGCGCAUUAUCUCCGGCAGGCAUACGACCGCAGCUCUGCAUCACAGUCUGGCCCGCAAACGGAGAAGCAAGCCAUCAAAACAGCAGCAAAGCAGUACAUGGCCCUGCGCCAGCCGCACGUGAAACAAAUCCUCGACCGCGCGCGGCAGAUGCAGAAUAACAAGAGAAACAUGUCUGUCGUGGAGGAGUAUCUGAUGUACGCCGUGAUGUGGAUUAUUGGAUCCUUCUUCCCCUCCCUCAUGAUGAAACCUCAGCAGGCGGUCUUUGAGUAUAAUAUCGCAGAGGAGGUUGAGAAGGUUCUUCGUCAGGAACAACAGCAGCAGACACAGCAGCAGAAGAAGUGA